GAGCCCAUUCAGACCUCUGGAUAUAUUUGUAACUUUGAGGAUUUAGAAAUUAAAUCUGUUCUUUUGGAUGAGAUAUUGAAGAAUCCAGAACAGCCAAACAAGGAUUUUAUAAUUAACUUUGAGAUCCGGUCCUUGCGAGAUAGUCGAGCAUUGAUUGAGAAGGUUGGAAUUGAAGAUGCAUCUCAGUUCAUCGAGGACAAUCCACACCCCCGACUUUGGCGCCUCCUGGCUGAAGCAGCUCUUCAGAAACUAGAUCUGCACACGGCAGAGCAAGCAUUUGUGCGCUGCAAGGAUUAUCAGGGCAUCAGGUUCGUGAAGUGCCUGGGCAAUCUGCAGAGUGAGUCCAUGACGCAGGCCGAAGUUGCUGCCUACUUCAGCAGGUUCGAAGAGGCGGAGAGAAUGUACCUUGAUAUGGACAGAAGAGAUCUUGCUAUUGGCCUCCGGCUGAAACUGGGAGAUUGGUUUAGGGUCCUCCAGCUCCUGAAAACUGGAUCUGGUGAUGCAGAUGACAGUCUCCUUGAACAAGCCCACAAUGCCAUCGGAGACUACUUCGCUGAUCGACAAAAGUGGUUGAAUGCUGUACAAUAUUACGUACAAGGCCGGAACCAGGAGCGCCUCGCCGAAUGCUAUUAUAUGUUGGAAGAUUAUGAGGGAUUGGAGAAUCUUGCCAAUUCACUUCCAGAAAACCACAAGUUGCUUCCAGAAAUAGCACAAAUGUUUGUGAGGGUUGGAAUGUGUGAACAAGCAGUGACUGCAUUUUUGAAAUGUAAUCAACCAAAGGCAGCAGUAGAUACUUGUGUACAUCUCAACCAAUGGAACAAAGCUGUUGAGUUGGCUAAAAAUCACAGUAUGAAAGAAAUUGGAUCCCUGUUAGCGAGGUAUGCAUCUCAUUUAUUGGAAAAGAAUAAAACUCUUGAUGCCAUAGAACUCUAUCGGAAAGCCAAUUACUUUUAUGAUGCUGCUAAACUGAUGUUUAAGAUUGCAGAUGAAGAGGCAAAGAAAAGAACCAAACCUUUGCGUGUCAAGAAGCUGUAUGUACUAGCAGCUUUACUUAUUGAGCAGUACCAUGAGCAAAUGAGAAAUGCGCAGAGAGGAAAAGUGAAAGGAAAGAGCUCAGAGGCCACUUCUGCUUUGGCUGGUUUGCUGGAGGAGGAAGUUCUGUCUACAACUAGUCGUUUCACAGAUAAUGCUUGGAGAGGGGCUGAGGCUUACCACUUCUUCCUGCUCGCCCAGAGGCAGCUCUAUGAGGGAUAUGUCGACACUGCACUGAAGACAGCUCUUCACCUGAGAGACUAUGAAGACAUCAUCCCUGCCGUCGAGAUCUACUCUCUGUUAGCGCUCUGCGCGUGUGCCAGUAGAGCGUUUGGCACUUGUUCAAAAGCUUUUAUUAAACUUGAAUCUUUGGAGACCCUCAGUUCGGAGCAGAAACAACAGUAUGAAGAUCUUGCUUUGGAAAUCUUUACCAAACACACUCCGAAAGAUAACAGAAAAUCUGAAUUGGACAGCCUUCUUGAAGGAGGGGAAGGGAAAUUGCCAACAUGUGUUGCCACGGGAAGCCCAAUCACAGAAUAUCAGUUCUGGGUGUGCAGUGUGUGCAAGCACUGUGUUCUGGCUCAGGAAAUAAGUAACUACAGCUUCUGUCCUUUAUGCCAUAGCUCAGUGGGAUAAAGAACGACAGAGUGUAUCUAACUGUAAAAUACAUGUAGCAUAUAUACAUGGCUAUAACUGUAUAUACAAUAAGGUUGACUUUCAUUUUAUAUGAAAAUCAGCAUCAUUAUUUCCAUAUAAAAUGUAUAGAAAUCAAUCUUAUUUCUUUCCUAUCUGUCUCUAUCAAUUACAGUUACAUAAUACUGUGAAAAAAUUCCAAAUAAGAAAUUUUUCUCACAGUUGGCAAGGUUUCUAAUUCAUUAAGAAACCUUGGUGGGGGGCAGGUUGAGGAAGCAUGGGAGUGGGCAAAGUUGAAUUUAGGGAAUUGACAUAACCUGUAUUAGAAGAAUGUUAAACAAUUGUACUAUUAAAAUUAGCUUUAUUGCUAGCU